GUUCCUUCUACGUGCUUGUUUAAUUUGUUAUUGAGUUUGGAAACUCCGUCGCCGGAUCCACUCAAUAUAGGAGAAUUGGUGAAAGAAGAGAAACCUUUAAAAGCGAUAGAUUUCUGUUAUCACGAUGAAAACGAAAUGGUUAACGUGCUCGAUUGUAUAUCUCUUUGCGUGAUGGUGAUAGCUUACGCACCUGAUUCUCUCAGAGGCCAGCAGAUGUUGAUAAUAUUAGAAGCAAUAUUGCCGUGCUACGUUCAGCAGAUUCAGUUAUCCACAUACAAUAAAGAAGGCAAGACAGAAAAGGAGAUAAUAAAUCAAUUAGCCAUUGCAGUGAAGACAUUAGUUAACAAUUCCGAAGCAUUAACAAAGUACUGAA